ACAAAAGAAGGAACAAAGAACCGCCGGACCGUGAAAUGCACCCAUUGCCCCAACCGAGGGCCCCCACCAAAUCCAACUAGCUUCAGUGUCCUGAUGAGCCGCCUUUGACCAAGGCGCGAAACCAUUGGUAGACCAGAGGUUGACAUCACACGUGGAGACAUAGAUCCUUUUAAGGUUACGUUUGAGGGAAUAGUUGGGUCCAGCUUUACAAGCGACUUAGCAAUUGAUGACGUCACGAUUUCCUCAGGAUAUUGUGCACAAGUGACCCAUGAGUGCGACUUCGAGGAUCCCAACAUCUGUGGAUACUACCAGGAGACUGGCAGCGACGAUUUUAAUUGGUUGAGACAGAGUGCGAACACUCCCUCUACAGGCACGGGCCCGCCCAACGACCACACCCUCGGCACCUCAGCUGGCUAUUACAUGUUCAUCGAAACGUCCAUUCAAACUCUGGGAGAUGAGGCACGCCUCUGGUCGCCAACCCUCCAGGUAGCUGGCGGUCACUGCAUCGAGUUCUACUACCACAUGUACGGCAGUACAAUCGGGACGCUCAAUGUGUACAUCGUGGAGCCGGGUGAAAAUGUACUUCAGCUUCUCCCAAGUUGGUCUCAGUCCUCAAACCAGGGGAACCAGUGGUAUAUCGACAGGUUCUUAGCACCCACUGUCAAUGAUUAUCGGGUUGUAUUUGAAGGGGUCGCUGGAUCAAGUUACACGUCUGACAUAGCAAUUGAUGACAUCAGAAUUACAAGCGGGUCUUGUCUUUCCCAAGGUGAUUGCGACUUUGAAGAAGACUAUUGUACAUGGAUAAAUGACGUCACAGUUGACGACUUCGAUUGGAUAAGAAAACAAGGCACAAUCAAUGGCACCGGACCCCCGUUCGAUCAUACAUUCGGCUCCUCUUUAGGCUAUUACGUAUACCUUGAUCAGACCAAUGAGACCCUUGGUACAACCGCGCGCAUGGUCAGUCCACACUUCAAUGCGCUGACAGGAACCAGGGGGUGUGUUACCUUCUGGUAUUAUCUCGAAGGGAAUGAUGCUGGCGCCCUCACCGUUGCGCAAGAGAGGAGUGGGUUCCCUGAUGACGUCACUGCAUGGAUGUUAGACUCGACUCAGGGUGCUUCAUGGAAUUACGGACAAGUGUCUGUAGCACGAGACUACGAUUACAGGAUCGUCUUUAUAGGCGAAGUCGGUGCUUCGACACAAGGAAUUAUUGCAGUUGAUGACAUCAUUGUAACAGACAAUAACUGUCCAGCUAUACCAAGCAGUGCUGUCCCUCAACCAACAUUCCCUCCUCCGCAAACUACAGCCCCAGACACAGUUACUACAGGCAUGCCAGUCACCACAAGCAUUCUACCAAGUACAACUAUUGCACCAGUCGCCACAAGCAUUCUACCAAGUACAACUAUUGCACCAGGAGCCUCUGUUUCAUGUGGAAGUAUGAGCAUGACCGCCAUUCUCGAUAGAACCCUCUUGGAGAACAACGGGGACGCUGGCGAUGUCCACUUCGAAGAUCAGAGUUGCACCGGCUACGACUACAGUGGCUCACAAAUCGCUGUAACGACCAGAUAUGAUGAAUGCAAUACACAGAGCGAGCAAACUGAUGCUGUCAUCACGUACUCCAAUGUCGUGACGUACUUCAAACCGACCGGUGAAAACGGUUCGCUGAUCACCCGUGACUUCCGGUUAAAGAUCCCGGUCAUCUGCGCGUUCAAUCGUCGCAGUCUGCUGGGCAAUAACUACAAGCCCACAGUUGGCAUCGUCAGUUUCUCUGAGGUGGGUUAUGGUAGUUUCUCGCUCAAUCUCGGUCGCUACACUGAUGAGCAUUUCACCACGCCGCCACCGGACCUCGACGCGCUGGUGUAUCUAGGUCAAAAGCUAUACUUUGGGGUAAAACUGAAUGCCUCGACCGAUCUGACUCUGUUAAUCGAUCGUUGCUGGGCAACGCCUGAUGUCUACCCGGCGAACCCAAUGAAAUAUACCUUCAUUAAAGACGGAUGUGGACUUGAUUCUACCGUUGAAUUCCACGAGGAAGACGCCUCAUUAAAAGGAUUCUCCAUCGAUGCCUUUACUUUCAUUGGUGAAUACCACGAGGUCUUCCUUCACUGUGACAUCUUUGUUUGCGAAGACAAUGACCCCUCGUCCCGAUGCUCACAGGGAUGUGUGUCUAGGGCAAGACGUGCAGCCGGCGAGGCUCGGGGUUCGAGCUCGCAACCACACACCAUUUCCAACGGUCCAAUGUCUACUCAACAUGCCAGGUCAAUGGACACAUCGCGGUUGGCUAAUCCAGUCAACAUAAUGCUGGUGGCGGCCGCUGGAUUCUUCAUUACCAUGGUUGCCAUGGUAACAGUGAGAAAGUUGAGAUCACGCGGGAAACCAUCCAAAGGAUACAACCGUCUGGAGACAGAAAAUGAAAAUGAAGCUUAAGAAAUGGGAAGAAUUUUGAAGAAGAAUCAGGCAGAUGAUGAAGAAGGAGAAAGGAAAAGAUCGUCAGCAAUAUAAUGAUACGAAGAAUUAUACGAAAUUCCAGAUAUUUCUGUCUCCCAGCUCGCCUGUUCUUUUAAACAUGCUUAUCGUCCAGCUUACAUGCAUUUUAUUUCAAAAAGGGCAAAUUGUGAAUUAAUUUCUAAUUUCAGUAGCAGAUUUUACACGUGCUUCUUGCUUUUUAUGAUUACUUCUUUUUUAAUCUUAUUUAAUUCUCUACUUCAUUACACUGAUGCUAUUUGUUGUUGAUUUUUGUUUCGAGUGUAUCAGUUGUUUGGACUGUCUUUAAAAUUACCAUAUUAUUUUUCCGGGGAGAUUACGUAUAAACCGUAAUUUCCCGCCCAAUACUGUACGUUAAAUGGCGUAAAAUUUCAGGAAGACCCCAAAGAAAAAAAAUUUACAGUAAAAAGCCGGUGAAACGUAGCGCAUCAAGUUGCCAGAACGCAACUUUAUAGAACCUGUAUGGUUACCGUGAAAAGUUUUUUUUUCAUUAAUGUCGCCGUUUAAUCGGGUCUUUCGUAAAUUUUACGCUAUUUACAUAACAAAAUAAUAUAAUAUAAGCAUUACGAUUUUUCCGUAAAACAUGGUAAUUCGUACAAUGCUGAUUGUUUACGAUUACAGAUUUAUGUGUUCCCUCUUUACGUGAUGACUGCGAACUAACCACGGAUGUCUUAAUAGGGGAGGGGUGACCUUUUUUAGAUGACGUCAUUCUUUUUUUCUAACUUGAUAGUGGGGUAUGAAAACGAUGCAUAAUCCAUGCUUUAAUUUGAGUAGCUUCAAUUCUGUUUUCAUUGUCUUUCACUCCCCCCUUUCCUCUCUUUUUAAAAGCACUUCUUAAAAAUUUUAGGAAGCGACUGUCCCUGCCACCCAACUGAUGCUCUGUUUUGACGGUUAAACAAUUGCAUUGUAUACUAAAUAUUCAUUAGUUCUGCAAUCAAUGUGUCGAGCAGGAUACUAAGUUUAAUUGAAUCCAUAAACCACUGACCAAAGUUGAAUUGAUUUAUGGUUUGAUACAAAAAUCAUUAGAAACAAUGUUAAAUGUCUUCUCGUACUUUGUCACACUAUUAUUCUGUUGCAUUAUGUUCUUGAUAAAGCCAGAUCGAUAAUAUAUGAACUAAAAAAAAUGAACGAAUAAAACAAAAUUUGCUCAUGUGAUGGUAAUCAGCUAUUUCGGAGAUAUUGGGCGCUGUUUUUUCUAUAUUCUCUCUCGUUUGGUCUAUAACCAUUUCAUAUAAACAAGAAGCUUUAAAGGUAAAACUAACACUUUGAUUAUUCAAACUGUAUAUUUUACAAUCUACAAUCAUUUUGACAUGGCCUAUACUAAUACUAUUUCUUCUAAAUCUUACUUGGACUUAUACCCAGUUUGAUAACAUUAUGUUGCUUCUGAGACUCCAUGCAUACAUGGCAUAUGUAGUUAAGCCUAUUUUGAGCCUACGUUGGCUGCACGAUUUGGUAACCACACUUUAAGAAUAUAACAAAAAUAUAAAAUAUAUAUGCAAAAAUGAACUAUUUCUGCAUGAAAAUUUGGAUUGAUCUUACAAUUUCUUUUAAAAUAGAAGUAUGCACUGUUAUUUCUUUAAGAUAAUUUGUUUAUUUCGCUUCGCUUUGUAGAAUAGGCAUAUAUUACAAGCACUAGAAUCACUUUAUUGUGUGUGGCUGCAAUGUUGAAAAAAAAAAAGAAGAAACCCAAUUACUAUGUGAUAAUAAAUUUUCAAGAAAUAAAGUA